GACAGGAAACGAAUACUUUGGGAUAGGUACGAACGGGUGGCUCACUUGAUGGUGUCUAGGUAGUAACCAAAACCAUGAUAACCUUCGUCCCUACAAACAAACCAAAGAGAAUUAUAAUAUAUAUGGAAAAAACAACCAUAGCGACACUUACACCAAAACUAAUAAAUUAAAUUAAUAAGUUUUGAUUUCAUAUCUGUCAUAAUUCUCUUUGGUUUUAAAUUUGACAUGCGACCUAUCAAAAAUUAAAAACCGUUUUGUUACUCAAAAUCUAAAUAUUUUGUAAACAUAUUAAUUAUUUAAAUCAUGAAAUUUACAAAGCAAGAAUGGUACACGCCAGCCGAGGUGGCGAUCCACAACACCGCUUCAGACUGCUGGGUGUCCCUUAACGGGAAGGUCCUGGAUAUGACCUCGUGGUUGGAGGAGCAGUUCAGACUCUGCCACUGCAAGAAGAGCUGCUCGUGCCAAGUCAAAAGCUGGUACUGUGGAGACGAUUGCGUCGAAUACUGUCCUUGUUUUAAACGUGGGUUCGUUUACUGUGAUGGGAAAAGGUUAGCCAUGACUAUCGUCGCCUACGCCGGCAAAGACCUAAGCCACUGGUUCGAAGGAGACGAGUGGGUGCGGUACACGCAUCCCAUAGUGGGUUCCACCACCACUUACCAUUUGCACGGGCAUCCAGCGCGGCAGGGGGUGGUGCCUUCCACCCGCUGGCGCCCGAUCUCCAAACCCUGGUGGCUGGACGAGAGCCGCGUGGUGGGGAAGGUGACGGCGAGGACUCGGCCGAUACGCAUCACUAACUCUUUAACAGGUUCUACAAUUACCCUUGAAGUAUGCUCAGAGGAAACAAUAUAUCAGAUCAUGAUGCGUUAUUUACCCCAUAACUCUCACAUGAUGUCUUAUACUUGGAGAUACCUGGGCAAACCUCUACGCUUGAACAAGACGUUAGCUGCCAACGGGAUCCCGGACGAGAGGGACCUCUUCAGCGAAGUUGGGUUACCAGAAAAUAUCCACAUUCCAGCGAUCAUGUUGUAUUAUGACGAUGAUUUGACUGUAGAUCCUCCCGAGAACUUCUUCAGAACCAGGGACAAGGACGAGCUGUGUAUUUGCAAGGAAGGAGAAUGCAAAGAGCAUAUGGAUGUCUGUGUUGAAUGGUAACACACGCGGUUUUAUUAUUAAUUUACUCCGCUAUUCAUUUUUCUUGGUAAUAAAUAUUUUUUUUAUAAAUGUC